AUGGCAGCUACUGCAAUGACCACUCUCCCCCAGUUCUGUGGGAUAAGACUCAAAAUUUCUGCAGCUUCAGUAAGGAGCUUGGCAGCGGUUCAACCAAUGAGGCGCAAGGGAAAGGGUGCUCUAGGUGCUCGCUGUGAUUUCAUUGGAUCUCCCACAAAUUUGAUAAUAGUGACAAGUACAAGCCUGAUGCUCUUUGCUGGGAGAUUUGGGUUGGCUCCAUCAGCAAACAGGAAGGCCACUGCUGGACUGAAGCUUGAAGGAAGGGACUCUGGCUUGCAGACUGGUGACCCAGCUGGUUUUACUCUUGCAGACACUUUGGCUUGUUGUGUUGUUGGCCAUAUUAUUGGUGUUGGGGUCGUUCUUGGCCUUAAGAACAUUGGUGAUCUGUAA